AUGCUGCUCCAAGUGGGCGAGCCUGCGCGCCUGGCCGCGGUGACGCUCCUGGAGGCUGACAGCAAGGAGUCCUUGAUUGUGAAAUACAUCCAGGCGGGUGACCUGGGCGCCAAGUAUGGCGGCAACAUCACCGAGUACGAGUUGAGGUAUGCUCGCAAGGAGCAGUACCUGGAUGACCCGGAUGCCGGGCAGAUCGUGACGGACGAAGGAUGUUCCCCGGACCAGGUGGGACUUCUGAAUUGGCCAGCUCCACCUCACGGAGAAUCCCCGCCCGUGCGCGUGGGUGGGCUCAUCACCGGUCGGACCUACCUCUUCCAGGUCCGGGCGGUGUCGCCGCACGGUACCGGGCCGUGGAGCUUCGUGCACGGGCAGCCCAGCGGCUGCCGUCGCGGCCGGAGACACCGGAGCCCAUUGAAGUGGUGA